ACAAACUGUUUCUUGUGUUCCCAUGUCAAAAAAGAAGUUUUUUUUUUUUUGGUUGGUGUUUCCUUAAAUAUUAUCUAUUUGUGGAUAAGUAGUCAAAUGAUUAGUUUUCUUGGUUUCUUAUCUUCAAAGUUUUGAUCUUUGAGCUUUGUGAUUUUUUUAGUUGAGUUUUGUGUAUUUGAAGGUCAAAAGGUGAGUUCUUUAUUGGAUUGGUGGGUGGGGGAAUUUGUGUUUUGGGGGUUUUUGGUGUGAACUGAAAAUGCAGUAAAGUUAGUUGAAUGAAGUGAAUUUCAUAUAGAAUUUGUUUUUGAUGAUUUUAUUGAUAAGGGGUUGGUGAGUUUUAGCUUUAAAUUGAUUUUUCAUCUCUUUCCAGGUUUUGUGAUUCUUGAAUAACAGAGGUGAGGUUUGAAGGAGGAUUAGGUGAGGACUGAGGAGUUUUUAGUGAAAUGGGGAGUAAUUAUCAUUUCAAGAACUUUGGUAAUGAGCCACCAGGUGAGGGUGGAAGUGGUGGUGGUGGUGGUGGUGGGAAGCAGCUGGGGAACUUUGGAUUGCCGCGGCAGUCAUCUAUCUAUUCGUUGACAUUUGAUGAGUUUCUUAGCUCAACAGGAGGGAGUGGUAAGGAUUUUGGGUCAAUGAACAUGGAUGAGUUGUUAAAGAACAUAUGGAAUGCUGAGGAGAAUCAAACAAUAGGAGGGCCUGGGAUUAAUGGGCAAGAGGUUGGUGUUCCACGUGGGCAUUUGCAGAGGCAAGGAUCUUUGACUUUACCUAGGACACUGAGUCAUAAGACUGUAGAUGAAGUUUGGAGAGAUAUGUCAAAGGAGCAUGGUGGUGGGAAGGAUGGAAAUAGUGUUGGAGUGCCACCAAAUAUACCUCAGACUCAGAGGCAACAGACUUUUGGGGAGAUAACACUUGAGGAAUUCCUAGUUAGAGCUGGAGUUGUCAGAGAAGAUGCACUGUUUGCUGCGAAAUCGAAUAAUACUGGAGGAAUCUUUGGUGAUUUGUCCUAUGCUGGGAAUAAUACAGGGCUUGCAUUUGGAUAUCAACAAGCUAAUAAUAGGAACACAGGUUUAAUGGCUGGUAGUAUCCCUAACAAGAAUGGUGAAACUGUUAUCCAGACUGCUAAUUUGCCACUGAAUGUGAAUGGGGUCAGAUCCACACAACAACAGCUAAGACCACAGCAACUGCAACAGAACCAUCAACCACAGCAACAGCAGCCACAGCAGCAACCGAUUUUCCCUAAGCAGCCUGCUUUGCCCUAUGGUGCUCCUAUGGCUAUCCCAAAUAGUGGGCAGUUGGGCAGUCCGGGAAUGAGGGUAGGGAUGGUUGGUAUCCCUGAUCCAGCACUCAACUCUAAUUUCAUUCAAGGCACUGCUCUAAUGGGUGGAGGAAUGAAUAUGGUAGGUUUAGGAGCCAGUGGGGUUACUGUUGCAACAGCAUCUCCAGGUGUUUCAUCAUCAGAUGGACUUGGGAAAAGCAAUGGAGAUACACCUUCUGUAUCUCCAGUUCCUUAUGUGUUUAAUGGUGGUUUAAGAGGCAGGAAAUACAGUACUGUGGAGAAGGUUGUUGAAAGGAGGCAGAGGAGAAUGAUAAAAAAUAGAGAGUCAGCUGCUAGAUCAAGAGCUCGAAAGCAGGCCUAUACUAUGGAGCUAGAAGCAGAAGUCGCAAAACUAAAAGAAGAAAACGAUGAACUUCAAAAGAAACAGGAAGAAAUGUUGGAAAUGCAGAAGAAUCAGGUUAUGGAAAUGAUGAACCUUCAUAAGGGAGCUAAAAGGCGAUGCUUAAGACGGACACAAACUGGUCCAUGGUAAAAAGGGUUUCAGAAAUUAGUGGUAUUAGCCCAUAUUUACAGACUUAUAGUAGGUGCCCUGUACAGAAAGGGAAUUAUGUAUUCACUGUAGAUCAGAAGAGAAGAGUUGUCUUUUUGCUGUAGGUUUUUCAGUGUGUUAAUUUCUUAUUCUCCCUCGAUGGCAUCAUGCAUAGAAUAGAGCCAGAAUGUAGAAAUACCUAGUUGACAGCAGACACACAUAAAAAUACAUAUAUUAAUGGCUCCUUUUGUAAUGUGUUCUGUACAAGUGAUUUGGAAUAUUGUUUUGACAGGUUCACUUUUAAGCUA